AUGGCCACGGCUAUGAAACGUAUCCCGCGUCUCAAGCCCACCAUCGCAGCCACCGUAGUCACCGUAGCAGGAGUCCUAGCAGGAGCAGGCACGGUCACGGACGCUCCCACAGUCGCAGACACCAUCGCCAUCACUCCAGCACACCCCAGGUCAUAUCUACAGGCGGUAGCACGGUUGCUUAUGCCAAUACCGCCUACCCUCAGGCGUAUUCAGGUCAAUACGGCCCUCGGCUCUCUUUCACUGAUCGUCUACGUCGAUUCUUUGGGUUGUCUCCGAGAUCAGUAG